AUGUCCGACACCACCUCGCAGUUCAAGAAGCUAGAGGUCAUAGGGCGUGGCAAGUUUGGCACGGUCUACAAGGGUUUGCGGCUCGACACCAAGGAGCUUGUUGCAAUUAAGAUCCUCAAUCUCGACACGCCCGAGGAGGAGGUGAAGGACGUGCAACAAGAGAUCCAGUUCCUGUCGCAGCUCAAGUCUGUUCCCAAUGUGACGCGAUACUACGGCUCGUAUUUACACGGUCACAAGCUGUGGGUUGUUAUGGACUACUGUGCGGGGGGAUCGGUGAGGACUUUACUUCGUCCGGGGCCUCUGGAGGAGAGAUAUAUCAGUGUCAUUGUGCGAGAAGUGUUGCUUGCGCUGCAGUUUAUCCAUCAACACGGAGUGAUCCACAGAGACAUCAAGGCAGCUAAUAUCUUGAUCCAGAAGGAUGGUAAGGUGCAGCUGUGCGACUUCGGAGUCGCUGGCCAGCUAACCACCUCGGCAAUGAAAAGAACGACUAUGGUUGGAACGCCAUACUGGAUGGCGCCAGAGGUGAUAAUGGAGGGUGCCGACUACAACGAGAAGGCAGAUAUAUGGUCUUUGGGAAUCACUAUCUACGAAAUGGCGACGGGAAACCCGCCAUAUAGCGACAAGGACGCGAUGCGCGCGAUGCAACUACUGACACAGCAUGAGCCGCCGAGACUCGAGGGAAGACAGUUCUCGGCGAAUUUAAAGGACCAGGUGGCAAUCUGUUUGGAAGAAAAGCCG